GCGGUGCCACAGGCAGCCCACCCGCGGCGAGGCUUUCAGGUCGGCGGCCGGGAGCCGCCUGGAGGACCUGGGCGAGGAGGACUCCAGGAUUCUAGGACAGAUUAGACAUACUGUGACAAUGCCUGAAAUAAAUACCGACAAACUCGAUAAACAACAGGUUCAACUCCUGGCGGAGAUGUGUAUUCUUAUUGAUGAAAAUGACAAUAAAAUUGGGGCUGAAACCAAAAAGAACUGUCACCUGAAUGAAAACAUUGAUAAAGGAUUAUUACAUCGAGCUUUUAGUGUCUUCUUAUUCAACACGGAAAAUAAACUCUUGCUACAACAGAGAUCAGAUGCUAAAAUUACCUUUCCUGGUUGUUUUACCAAUACUUGUUGUAGUCAUCCAUUAAGUAAUCCAGGAGAACUUGAAGAAGACGAUGCAAUUGGAGUACGAAGAGCAGCUCAGAGGCGCUUGAAGGCUGAAUUAGGAAUUCCUAUGGAAGAGGUUCCUCCAGAGGAAAUUAAUUAUCUCACUCGAAUUCACUACAAGGCGCAAUCUGAUGGUAUCUGGGGAGAGCAUGAGAUUGAUUACAUUUUGUUUGUGAAGAAAAAUGUAACUUUGAAUCCAGAUCCAAAUGAGAUUAAAAGCUAUUGUUAUGUAUCCAAGGAAGAACUUAAAGAACUUCUGAAAAAGGCAGCCAAUGGUGAAAUUAAGAUAACUCCAUGGUUUCAGAUUAUUGCAGAAUCUUUUCUCUUUAAAUGGUGGGAUAACUUAAAUCAUUUGAAUCAGUUUGUGGAUCAUAAGAAAAUACAUAGAAUGUGAAUACACCAAGAGCGAAUGUGUAGACAAGUACUGAAAAGUUAACUCUACUUAGUAAACAUAAAAUGAUUUUGUAAAAAUUUGGCUCCACUUUAGGAGAACUCUCAUUCAAAACAUUACAACCAGAAAUUGUGUGGAAAAGACAACCAGUUUCCUAAUUUUGUAUUACACUCCCCGCAUACAUACACUGCUCUUUCUAAGAAACAUUUAUGAGAGGUUAUUGUAAAAAAGAGGGGAACAAAUAAACUUGUGUGAAUACAUGGUCAUGAUAAAUUUGAAUAAAUGAAAUUCUUCAUUUGUGAUGUGUUGAAAUAAGCAUUUUCAGAGCACGUGGCUAUUUGACAUAUAUAUAUCACUAUGACAUUUUUAUCAUAGUCAAGAAAAAUGCAAUGGGAACUAUUUGCCUAGCUACUCUAAAAUAGUCAACAUUAACUUUCCUAUUAACAGAUUUGACUUAGUAGAGCAAGUUCAAGGGGAAUUAAAUGGUAUAUAUGCUAGUUUCUGUCAUUCUGAUCUGAUUGUAUGACUUAAUCAUUCUGGAAGAAUCAUUUUGAUGAUUAAAGUCAGGCAUUUAAAUCUUUUAGAUAGUCUUAACAAUGAGCAAAGUCUGUAUUUUCAGAAUUGUAUUGUCAGAAUUUCAACUGACAGCCUGUUGGUAUAUGGAAAUUGGGUCAUAAUCGACAAGUUUUCUCAACCUGGUCACUGUUGACAUUUGGGACUGGUAUUUUUUGUUGUUGAGGUUCAUCCUGUGCAUUGUAGGACGUUUAGCAGUAUCCCUGGGGUUCUACCCACUAAAUGUCAGUAUCACCCCUUCCCCAUCACAGACCAGAGGCCAAAUGUCUGCUGAGGGUAGUCAUCCCCAUUUGGGAUCUACUGUUCUAUGAAGCAAUGCCAUAUUGUAAUGGGAGAAAAUUAGGAGAAAAGCUAGUGUUCGUGUUAAAUAGAUUUGUGUAAUGAAAUGUAUUUAUUGACUUUUGAAUUGUACCUUGAAAAUGCACUUUUUAAAAUUCUUGAAACCAUAAAAUAGCUUUAUUAUCCCUGAAUGCUACAUUAUAAUAAAUACUAAAGAUAAAAAUUUGUUUCAUACAAAGUUAAAUGUUUUAUAAAUUCAAUAGAAAAAUCCAUUUCUUGUUAUUGCUGAAUAGUUUAUUUCAGGCAAAUUUGUAUAACAAGUAUUUAUUUUAAAGAAAAACAAUAAAGAAAA